AUGUUCAUCUAUUUGAUUUUUGCUUCAUUUUUUUUCUUCAAUAGUCUUGUAAUUGAAACGGCUCUUGUUGAAUAUGAUUUCAUUGUUCGUACUAUACCAUCAAAUCCAGAUGGUUAUCCUCGACCUGUAAUUAUAAUGCAUAAUGCAAAUUCAUCAUGGGAUGUCAAUCGACCAUUUCCUGGUCCACUUAUUCGGGCGAAAUUGGGUGAUACACUUCGUAUUCAAAUCACUAAUAUGAUGCGUGAUCAAGCAACAUCAAUUCAUUUUCAUGGCCUUCAUAUGUUUAAAAACCCAUGGGCCGAUGGGACGGAACAUAUAACCCAAUGCCCUAUUGCACCACAUCAAACGUUCAUAUACGAAUUUGAAGUGACACAAACAGGAACGUUUUGGUAUCAUUCACAUAAUGCACAACAAUAUGCUGAUGGUCUUGUAGGACCAAUUAUAUUCGAUCAUGAUCCUAUUGAACAGCGAUACAAUUAUGGAUCAAAUGAUUAUGUUAUUAUGCUUCAAGAAUGGUAUCAUGAAACUUGGUCCGACUUGAUGACAGCAUAUCAAGGUCCUCAUGGUGCCUAUCCAGGUAGUAUUCCAAUCUAUCCAUGGCCUCCAACUUCCUUUCUGAUUAAUGGACAUGGACAAUUCAAUUGUCGUACAUCCGAUUGUAAUGAAAAUGCUACAUGGAGAGAUGAAUGUGGAACAGAAUAUCCUGUUCAAUGCGUUCCUCUACGAACACCAUUUCUUGGUCCAUGCAAACAAAAUGCACAUCCUAUCGAUGAAUUUAUAUGUCCAUCUGGGAAACAAAUUCGUUUACGACUAAUUAAUGCUGCCAGUGGUAUUCCUUUUCGUUUUGAAAUCGAUCAACACAGUCUUACAAUUGUUGCACGAGACAGUAUUGAGAUUUCACCAAUUACUGUUUCUCAUCUUCAUAUACCUAUUGGACAACGACUUGAUGUGAUUGUCACAUGCAAUCAAAAUCCAUCAAAAUAUACAAUACUCAUUGCUAGUCGAAGUAGUUUUCAGCCUCCACAUAUCAUAACUGGGCCAACGCCAACAAUGUGGGCAACAGCAUUACUUACUUAUCCAGAAUCUAAAGCCAAAAAUAUUCAUUCGAUCAAUAUAUCCGAAAUAUUGCGUGUUGACUCGGAUAAUCCAUUCUUUGAAUAUCAAUCAUUGAAACCAUUUGUAUCUCGUUUUGCUCGGCCAGCUAUUCGACGAAUAACACUCUCUUUCGUCUGCCAUUGGAAUAAUCGAUUAGGAAUCGAUGCUUUAGAGGAAUGGGCUGUCAAUAACAUCACUUUCGAACCACCAAAAGAACCUCUUCUUCAAGGAAAUUUUCUUGAUAACACACUUGAUCAUGUUAUUGCAGAUGAAUAUCCUGGUCAUGUCAAUAAUAUUCAUGCUACUCACAUACAUCAUUUUGAAUACGGUCAAACAUAUGAAGUACUUAUGAUUAAUAAUGAUCCUCAGCAACAUCCAUGGCAUCUUCAUGGAUAUUCAGUUGAUUUUAUUGCUGCUGGAAAAUUACCACAUGUUCAACCAUUAACAUGUAAACAAACUCAACGACGACAAAUCAAUGAAUUUGAUCUUGAUUCAAUACUACCACUACUUAAUUCUACACCACCUGUUCUCACUGUUGGUGAUUCAUUUAGUAUUCCGCGAGAAAGCUAUAUUCUUUUUCGAUUCACAGCGAAUAAUCCAGGUCCAUGGUUUUUUCAUUGUCAUAUGGAUUGGCAUAUAUCGCCAGGUAUGGCUCUUGUCUUCUCUGUCGGACAAAAUGGAAAAUAUAAAGGAUUAAUUACACCACCACCAUCAAACAACUUUCCAAUGUGUGGACCAAGAUCUAACUUAAAAUACAAUUCAAGUACAUUAUUAUUCUCCUCGUCCACUACACCUAAACUAAAAAUCUCUCUAUUGAUUAUUAUUAUUCUUCAGACAUACUAUCGAACAUUGUAA